AUGUCGGCAGCACCUGCAACAACUUUGGUACAUGUGUUGGAAGCAUUAACAGGGUCUGUGCGCCACAUCUGUACUGUACAGGAUGUUGUGCCCUUAGAACACGUCUACAGUCUUCCCUCUUCCAUUCUUCAUGUAAUCAAGAACACAUUUGUACACUGCAAGAAUAGUGAGUCAUUGUACAGCGAGUGUCUCCACUUGUUUUCGGAUUUACUCCAGUCUCUGUUUAAGGAGGCCUAUGCUUUGCAAAAGCAGUUUAUGGAACUGCUUGAGAUGGUAUCUGUGAACUCCUGUGCUGCUGAAGACAGCAUAGCAAUUAUAGCAUCAGCUGUUCAUACUUUGCUGGAGAUCUGUUCUGCUAUUUCCAGCAUAGAUCAUGCACUUCAUGCAAACACAUGGAAGUUCAUAAUCAGGUAUGUUUUUACUCUAUUAUUGCUAUCUGUUAUAUAAUCUAAGUAGAUUAUAUGAGCUCUGCAUCAAAUUGUGAUAUUGAAAAUUCUAUAUCUAAUCCAGCUUGUUACACAUAAUAUGGACUCAGAUUGGACUGACAGCAGCCCCUCCAUUGUGCAGAAUGCUCUGCAGAAUUAGAAACAAUAGAUCAGAACGGAUCAAUAUAAUAAAAAUGAAUUUUUAGUUUCAAAUUAGUUAAACGGUACAUGAUCACACUAAAGG